ACUGACGAUCAGUACAGUAAGCUGUCAAAAGCUUGUUGCUUAAAUCUGUGCAGUGCUACAGUAAAGUAAUGGAAGAAAUGAGGUCGAAAUAACGGGCUUGUUCAACAGACAUUUUCGGGAGCACUUGACAUCUUGUUUAUCGUGAGUUCAGCUGGACUGUCGUGUCGUCUGUCGUCCUAGCUGCUGCGUGAUUUCCUCUGGUGAGAGCGGUUGAUGAUGAUGAGAUCACCAACAGAAAGUGCCUUUGAGAAAAUAUCCCCGACUUGAAGUUGGUCCGUGUGCAUUGCCAGCCUGUGUCUUCUUUAAGGCCAGACUCGAACACCAUCCCAGGAUACCUCAUCUGCAAGCCCUUUGCCACCACUUUGCACAACUUCAGCACCUAAAGAUGCUAAAAUAGAGCCAUAAUAUAAAAGGACGGAGACUAAUGACCUGAGAAUGUAUGACUAAAGUGACAAGUCUGCAUUAAAUUUCCCUCACUUGUCUGAUAUUUACGGGCACCAUCAUUUGUGGAAUAUACACUUGAAUGUGUCAGAGGAAACAAAAAUCACAUCUGCAGUUGUUUCUUUCUGAUGGGUGAUUUCUCAGUGAUUGACCAGCCAUCUGAUCGUUCUGCUCCAGCUGAUGAAGGACUCACCACGGUGUUUUAAAAGAGGAAUUUGCACGUAGAGCCAACCUACAGCUUUUGGUGUAUGAGGCACAAUAAGAUUGACUUAAAAGAAGAUUUAAAUAUAUGAUUAUAACCUUUGGUCAUGGCGUUGAACAUUUCUUCAUCAAGAGACACAAAAUGGCUAACUCUGGAAGUCUGUCGACAGUUUCAGCGGGGAAACUGUUCACGUAGUGACGAGGAAUGCAAAUUUGCUCAUCCACCGAAGAGCUGCCAAGUUGACAAUGGGAGAGUAGUUGCCUGCUUUGACUCACUGAAGGGCCGAUGCUCAAGAGAAAACUGCAAGUAUCUUCAUCCACCUUCACACUUAAAAACCCAGUUAGAGAUAAAUGGGCGCAACAAUCUCAUCCAGCAGAAGACAGCAGCAGCUGUGCUCGCCCAACAGAUGCAGCUCAUGAUCCCAGGACCCAGCCUACAGUCUAUGCCAACAUUUCAUGUUACACAGGGACUGGGCACAAAUACUGGUCUUGGUUAUGGUUCAUACAUGACACCUAUGAGCCAUGGAAUGAGCCAUGGAAUGAGCCAUGGAAUGAGCCUCAUCCCAACAGACAACCUCUCCAGCACCCAAGUUCUUCUUUCCGGGAGCCCACCCAUCACGGCCCAGAGCUCCUCCUCCUCUUCUUCUUCUUCUUCUUCGUCUCCCUCACAGAAGCUGCAGCGUGCAGACAAACUAGAGGUGUGCCGCGAGUUUCAGCGGGGAAACUGUGCGAGAGGGGAGACAGAUUGCCGCUUCGCUCACCCCAGUGACAGCCCAAUGAUUGACACCACAGAUAACACUGUCACUGUUUGCAUGGACUACAUCAAGAGCCGCUGCUCCAGGGAGAAGUGCAAGUAUUUUCACCCGCCUGCACACUUGCAGGCCAAAAUCAAAUCCAGUCAACAGCAAGUCAGUCACACAGCCGUGGCAGCCCAGGCCGCAGCUGCAGCCAUGACUCAGUCGACUGCCAAAGCAAUGAAGCGAUCCCUCGAGGCAACUGUAGACCUGGCCUAUCCCUACAGUAUACCCCUACCAAAGAGACAAGCUUUUGAGAAGAGCAGCUGGGCCAGCUCUCUCCUCAGCCCCAGUUUUUUGCACUACCAACAGGCUCUGGCCAACUCACAGCUGCAGCAGCACACUGCUGCAUUUUAUCCCACAGGUUCUGUCUUCUGCAUGGCUCCCGGUAACGGCAUGGUCCCCAUGAUGUACAGUGCUGCGCCUGCUACUGUCUCUGCAGCAACUACUCCCGCCACAAGUGUCACCUACGCAGCAACAGCACCAGCCAAUCAGAUCAUCCUCAAGUAACCACCAGAGACAGAAGUCAGUGCCGUGUUGCUGCUGUUAAAGACGCCAAACAACUGCUCUGUAAAUACCCUGUUAACACCACACACAACUUACAACAAGCUGCAUGCUGAUAACAUCACUGACGAAAAAGUUGUAGACAUCACUUUGAUCGCUCAUAAUAAAUUACACAGCUCAAUUACUAGGAUUAUACUGUGUUAGAUAAG